GUCGAAGACUGGAACGAAGGAGAGAAAAAACGACUGGUCAGCUUUAUGGAGGCGGUCAGUAUGCAUCCCAUCGCCAUGACAACCGAGAACGAUGUCGAGGAAAAUGCAUUGAUACACGAAUCUCACUUACAGCCUUGCAGUCAGACUAUUGCAGUAUCGGCAGUAUUGCCAACAAAGCGGCGAAAGCAUGAUAACACAGGGACAAACACAGCUUUGUCAGUGCAGCUUUACAGUGCUCUAAAGGCUGGUCCACAUUCACAGCAAUUUCUACACCAUCAAUACACAGAAAUGAACGACAAUCUUUGCACGUUUCUCAAUCAAGGCUGGUCCGAACAUCCUCAGAUGCGAUACGCGUGCAGUCGACUUCUUGCAGGCAUGAUCGUACUUGACACAUCUUCAGGAAAGGCCAUUGUUGUGAACUGUGUCGAAGUCUAUGGAAGAAGAUGUACCGUUGAUUCCCAUAGGGAAAGUUUUCGAACAAGACGAGGCACGUCAUCAAGCUCUUUACCGUCGGAAAUUACAAAAUACCCUCAUGUAUGGCCAACAAGCAUCCGCGACGGUGAUGGGACGAAGCUGAUUCUGGGAACUAAGACGUUCAACGCGUUGAUUACAUCUAGCUUACGCUUGGAUAAAUCCAGUGAUCCUGAAAUCGGGCCAACAACUUCAUCAUUCUGUUUGGAAACGUCUGUUAAGUCCCUCAACACCCAGCUCUUCGUCAAGGAUUCUGCGUGGCAUGCUGCUUCCGCAUUGGCGAUCAACGAAAAUGCCAAAGCAAUAUCCUCAUAUGAUAACCUCUUUCAAUUACGACAACUACGAACGCGUUUUCACCAUCAAUCAACAUAUAUCCGAUGCCGUUCGUUCAAUGAACCGACGGAUGAUCUAACGACGCCUCCCUAUACCGUUUUCACUCUUGCAGAUUGGGACAACGGUGGAGAUGAUGCAGAAUAUCGACUAGAUUCCCAAUUGAUUCAGUUAGUGGCGUUGGCUGUGAUCAGAAGCGAAGAGACGAGACCCCCAACACUUGCAAAACAAAAAGUUUCGGCGAUACGAUCCAAAUUGAAGAAAGAUGGGGCAGUAUGCAAAGUUUUUGACAGCAUCAUCGGCCAAUAUGUUACAAAUGUUGAGACAGUUCACAUCAUUGGCAACAGAAUUUUGAAUGAAGAACUGCAAAAAUUUGCAAAUUUAUUGGCUUCACCAAUUACGAAAGCAAACAAUUCAGUGCGUCGAGCAAUAGCUACUGUUAUGGCAUCUUGAUUUCGUUGUUUCAAUGGAUCAAUAUUCAUU